AUGGACACAAUUUCAGGCUCAAUAUGUCGAGCUUGCCGACUGCGACUACUCAAGCCCUCUCAUUCACGAGCCUUUGGCACAACCUCUCCUCGCCUGUACAUCCCACCUGAGUCCCCUGCCUUCAUCGACGUCCCACAGGCGCAGCAGCCAGUCCGAGAAUUUCAGCCUCGAGCAAAGGGUAUUCUGCCCGUGCCUCGCGAGCUCUUCCCCGCUCGCCGGCCCGACAAACCUGGCCAGCAAUACCUUGACAAUGUCACACCUGAUCCUCUUCCGAAAAACAUUCCUCCUUCAGACCACCUGACCGAGACGGGAAGGUACAGACGCCGCAUGGCCGAGUUGAGAAAGAGCCAUCUCCGUUCGGCGCUGAAAGAACUACACACUCGGAAGACGUCUAUUGACACUACCAUCGCUACUCGCAGCGUCGCCAAACAGCGCGAACGUGCUCGACUCUUAACCCAACCCGAACGCGAAGACGUUCGUCUCACCAACGUCUCUGUUCCUACCGCAAUGCAUCCGCAAAAGAUGCACCAACUGUCCCCCGAAGAAGAGCUCGCUAUCUACAAUGCGCGCAGCGCUGCACAUGAGGCUCGUUUGGCGGCAAAACACGAAGAACGUCUCGACAAACUCCAUACGCUGUAUAUGAACGCGCAAACUUUCAUCACAGAUAAAGAACAACUCAACGCCGCGAUUGAGAAGGCAUUCACAACGACAGGAAGCAUUUGGAGGAAAGACGGCAGGCCAGACACUGUGGAAGAGAUGAUUAAGCGCGGAAGGGACAGGACAGCGGAUCAAGGACGAGGUGGCAUGAUGUUGUUCAGUGAUGUCAACGAACGGGCAUUGAAGGAUCAGGAGAGGAUGAAGAAGAUUGCGGAGAAGUUGAGUGGCGGCAAGCUUUGA